UAGGAUUGGGAAUGCCCGUUAGAUGUGGCUUGCCGAUAAUAGCACACAUCAGCCACAGCGCUGCAAAUGAGAGCACAGGCAGAGAGCAGGGGACUGAGUGCAGAAUGAUACCAUAGAGCACAGAGCGAGAGAAGGAGUGGGAGAGAGUGUAUUAUCAGCACGUUGGAGAGCGCAAAGCACAGAGGACUGAGAGAGUGCAGGAAAGGAGGAGAAGAAGCGGAGAGAGGGAAAAAAAGAUAGAGGAUUGUGUUUUUGUAGGGGGGUAAAAGUUCCCACUGCUCCAGGCAGAAAGCAGACCUGAGGUCAGCAGCAGGGAGAAGUGAACCAGGUGGAAGAAGUGGAGCAGCUGACAGCAGGAGAGAAAGAGUCACAGGGGGUCUUGCUCUCACGGCAAACAUCACAGCAGUGUGGAGAGCACAGGAGAUCCAGGGGACACUAUUGAAACUUACCGACUCAAGGACGCAGUCUGCCGUCACUUGUCAGGGUAAUAAUGGUUCUCACUGGACUAGGGCUUCUCUGCAUGGCUAACUCAAGAGCAUGAGAGCAGACGCUGGGCAUUGGGCGGAAGACACAUAGAGCUGGGAAUAGCGCCUGUGUCGUUCCUUCCUCUCACUUACCUGUGUUGGGGAGGUAGAAAGAUUCUGAUAUAGAAACAUUCCGAUUGUCUGGCCUUGAAGAGAAUCAGUACAGAGCAGAGAGGGAGAGAGGAGCCGGUUAGAGUGGGAGAGUUCUGUCCUCUCAUCUCUGAGACAUGGUAGAGUGUGUAACAGUAGCGAGCCCCUCAGCAGCAGCAGCAACAGCCCCAGAGCAUGGAGAAGUCCAGCAGUGAGGAGUCAGCCAUUCACCGCAGCCCGUCCGUGGAUAGCCGCGACUCUGACUUUGCCCGCGCCUCUACAUCUGGCCGCCCGUUCGGUGGUCGCGGCUUCACCGCCGGCGCGUUCUACGGCUCCACGGGGCCACGUGGCGCCUCCGCCGCACAGGGGCAGGCUGGGACAGCGGCCGAUGCCAGCGUCAACAUCGGAGGAGACAAGAGCAGCAAUAACAAGUACACGGCGCCCAAAGGCAGCAAAUACGUGGUCUUUUACCUGGAUCUAUCCUUUGUGUUCCUUUUAGAAUUCAAGAAGUGCAACAUGGCACGGGGCUGUCUCUGCUGUUUGAAGUACACGAUGUUCCUCUUCAACCUCAUCUUCUGGUUGUGUGGCUGUGGGCUGCUCGGCGUGGGCAUCUGGCUGUCUGUGUCCCAGGGCAGCUUUGCCACCUUCUCGCCCUCCUUCCCGUCGCUCUCCGCUGCCAACUUGGUCAUCGCCAUCGGCGCCAUCGUCAUGGUGACCGGCUUCCUGGGCUGCCUGGGCGCCAUCAAGGAGAACAAGUGCCUGCUUCUGAGUUUCUUCAUUGUCUUGCUGAUAAUCCUGCUGGCAGAGCUGAUACUACUCAUCCUGUUCUUCGUGUAUUCAGAUAAGGUGAGCGAGAAUGCCAAGCAGGACCUGAAGGAUGGCUUGUCUCUGUACAACACAGACAACAAUGUAGGCCUCAGGAACGCAUGGAACAUCAUCCAAGCAGAGUGGAAGUGCUGUGGGGUGGUAGGGUACACAGAUUGGCACGAGGCCCUCAAGGAGAAGGUGGUGCCCGACCGCUGCUGCCAGGAGCACUACCAGGAGUGCGGACGCAACUCCACCAACAUGUUCUGGACACGGGGCUGCUAUGAGAAGGUGGAGGAGUGGCUCGAUGACAAUAAGCAUCUCAUGGGAACCAUUGGCAUGUGCAUCUUGGUAGUGCAGCUCCUGGGAAUGGCGUUCUCCAUGACACUGUUCCACCAAAUCCACAGAACAGGGAAGAAGUAUGACGCUUAGCGUGGGACAGACAGCACACAGGGAAAGGAGCCCCAUGUACUGCCUGAUGGGAUAGACUCUGGAUGCACCCCCACCCCCACCCCCCAUACCUCCUGUAUCACAAAGCCUCCCACUCCCCACUCUUCCCAGAAACCCUGUACAGACUGCAGCUGUGUCACCCUUGUCCUCUUCUCUGUCCACUCCACCAUUCAUUUGCCAAAGAUAAAUGGGACUGGAAGAUGUCUUAUGUCGUCUCUCUCCUGUUCAGAAGUAAAUAUAAAUGUUUUGGGCGCUUGGACUAAUAGUUUUGCGGGAGGCUUUACUAAUGCUCACACCCCCCCCCGCAAGGCGAAGAAAGCGGUGAAAAGAAAGAUUAGAUUGUAGUCUCCAGGUUUUCAUGGAUUUUGUCGUGUUGAUUGUUCAUGUUAACUUCCUCUUUCCCUAAAUGAUGAAAGGCUCCGACAUGCUAUGCUAGUUUUCUACUCCCCGGAACCCUUUUUCAUUGAAAAUGUCAGACAACAUUUUUUCCCCCAAUACAGUAUGAUUUGUUUCUUCUAAAUGUGUCCUUUAUGCUCCUAUGAAAUGGAGUGUUUGAUAUGCUAAGUCAAGACUCUCAAACCCUGUUCCUGGAGAGCUACCAUCCUGUAGGUUGUCACUCCAACCCUGUUCCUGGAGAGCUACCCUCCUGUAGGUUGUCACUCCAACCCUGUUCCUGGAGAGCUACCAUCCUGUAGGUUGUCACUCCAACCCUGUUCCUGGAGAGCUACCAUUCUGUAGGUUGUCACUCCAACCAUCAUCUAGUGCACCUGAUUUGUAUAAUUGGCUGGUUUAUAAAUUGAAUCAGCUUAGUUACAACUGGGGUUGGAACAAAAACCUUACAGGAGGGUAACCCUCCAGGAACAGGGUUGGAGAGCCCUGUGUUAUCGGUUGUCAGAGGUGUGGAAUGGAUGAGAUGCACAGGAGGCUGCUGAGGGGAGGACGGCUCAUAAUAAUGGAUGGAAUGGAGUGAAUGGAAUGGAAACUAUGUGUUUGAUGUUUUCGAUGCCAUGCUAUUUAAUCCGUUCCAGACAUUACGGCCACCUGUGAUGAGAUGUGAUGAGUUUCUGUGGAUCAGGGAUGGGCAACUCCAGUCCUAGGAGGGCGAACUGGUGUGACACUCUUCUCCGAGCCCUAUAGCUAACACACCUGAUUAGACAAAUUGCAUGAAUCUAAACUGAAGACUAUGGGUGCGUUCCUCUGCCCAGGCGUUGCUGACGCAUGCCAAAUCUUACAAUGCCUGGAUAGGUAUUUUACUUAUCAGCUAAACACAUCAUAUGGUAAAGCAAUCGUUCAGUCUAUGACACAGUCAAUGAUGUGGCACGCAACCAUUGGCACGUAAUGUCUGAGCAGGUAGCACAGGACCCAUGAUCAGUUGAUUAUUGGAGUCUGGUGUUAGCAGUGGCUGGGGAAAACGUGUGUCACCAACCAGGCCCCCGAGGACUGGAGUUUCCCAUCCUUGCUGUGGAUGGUCAGGGGUUGGGGUGGGUCGUAGGUCAAGGUUGUAAUGCCAUGAGCCCUAAGUGGGUGGUGCCCUGAAUUCGUAGAGGUGUUUCCUGUGAUGGAAAGAAUUACACUUCAGAGGAAUCAAGUUAAGAGUGCAGGGCUCUUCAACCCUGUUCCUGGAGAGCUACCCUCCUGUAGGUUUUCGCUCCAACCCCAGUUGUAACUGACCUGAUUCAGUUUAUCAACCAGCUAAUUAUUAGAAUCAUCUGCACUAGAUUAAGGUUGGCGCAAAAACCUACAGAAUGGUAGCUCUCCAGGAAUGCCUGAACUCUUUAGUUUUUAUUUCCUCUCUUUCUCCAUCGCAUCCUUUCACUCUCUCGCUUACUUUUUACAUGUCGGAACGGUAGGGGGGCGAGACGAGCUCUUCACAGUACACAUUUUCACUGACAUUCCUGCUAGACUAAGUGAUGAUGUGUCUACACCUGUAGUCUGGAUUCUGCUGCUGUAGUUUUCAAAGCGCCUUCCCUGCGUCAGUCAGUCACAGAGUGGGUGGAAGGGAGGGAGUCUGAUCAAAAGACGAGGCUGUGGUUCGGAUAUGGCAACGCGCCCUGUAGGACAAGUUGUUUUACUAGCGCUAUAACGGUGGCCUAUGUGCGGUUCAACAGCAGGAGUCCUGUUUAGUACAAGAACAAGGGUAGGUUUCAGGGUACGUAGAUAACUACACUCUAAGCUGCUUGGGAGGGCUUUACCAACAGGGUCAUGUUCAUUAGGCAAUGGAACAAAAUGGACUGAAACAGUUUAGGACUACCUGGAUAAGAAACAUUUUUGUAGCAUAAACAUUUUCCUUUACAUGCCCUAAUGAACAUGGCCCCGUUUUCCUUUAACAUGUCAACAUGCAGAAGUAGAGGGAACUUAAAAAAGCAUUCACUUGCAACCUUCUGCUUGUAGUAAUCAAUUCAUUGACUUAUCGUUAACAUAAAGGAGGGGAGGUUGGCUGAACUGACUGGAUGUUUACUGUACUUUGGGGAAUUUGGUUAGAAGUCUGAUAAUCGGGACCAGAAGUGUCUCAGUUCUAAAAUCUCAUCCUACAAUUGAGGGAGGAUUAGAGGCUAGGAUGCUGCUUGGGAUAAGAGGUGUAAGAACUCUGGCAUUGCUGCUACAUGCGGAUGUCGUGUGAAGGAUCGAGGAGGCAGCAGGAGGUAAAGGACAUUUAGCCAAACGCAGCUAAAUCGGAGACACUGCGUCCUUCACACUCUGUCUGCAUUAAGGACCAUCUAAGGUCAUUCAUUAAAUCUUAAUUUGAACAUAUUGGGAUGUACAAUACUCUACAUAGUGGUAGAUGGCAGCAGAUGUGGGUUUUGUGCAUGGCUGUGUCACAGGCUCAGAUAGUUGUUGUUGACCUUUCUGUCUCUGAUUCACUGGAUGCCCCAUCAUAAUCCAUGUUUUACAACCACAGGAAAAACAUGACAGCUGCUGAUGUAAAGCACUGGCAUGAGCGCUUCACGUCCUCUGCCUGGAUGCAUCCACAAACAUUCGGCACAAUUUAUCGCUCCAGCAAAUGCCGCGAGGUCCACGCCAGGGUCGACAUUUGUAGAGAUGUGACAAUUGUCGUCGGUCACGUAAGAACAGGUUUGUACCCUGUGUACCUACAUCCGUGUGCCCUCUGCCCACUUUGCUUGCUCCCAGAAGUAAUACUGCGUCUGAUAAUCAUAGACGAAAGAGCACAUUCAUCUCAGCUGAUCAGAUCUGUGAUCAUUAUUGUAUUGUGAAAGUCUGACAUUGCGACAUUGUGUGAGGUGAUUUGGGGUGGAAGGGUUAGAUGUUGAAUGAAAUGCAGAAUAGCCACUCCAGCAUGAAGAUAGAUAUACAUGAUAAAAUCCUGAUACAAAACCGGCUUUACACUGUCCAUAUGUCAGACUUCGUUCAAGAAUCAUUUCAAAAUCCCAAACCGUUUUCCCCUUUGUCAUUCACGUAACGUGUAACUCACUGCCAUCUCUGAAAUGGCGGUUUUCUACCAUUUGACAUUUUUCUGUUCUUCGAAAAGGAAUCCAUUCAAGUCUUUGCUUCCCGCAUUCUCCCACCGUCAAGUGGUUUUUCAGUGUUUUAUCAAACAUAUGUUGUUUGUUCAUGUUCAUAGAGGAGAAGAAGUCUAUCACUUUAACACUAGUGUUUUAUGAUGUUGUGUCGUUGUACAUGAGCUGUUUUUGUCUCUUGUUUUCAUACGAUCUGCUCUUUUACUGUGUUCUACUUGGCUUUGUUGUGUCAGAAGCUCACUGUCAGUCAUCUGGAGAACAUUAGGAUUAUAUCCUUGGGAUUAUAGACAGAUAGUUAGACGGGGGAAUUGAAGACAAACAGGAACGUAACAUUAUUCCUUUUCAGGGUGCAACUAAACCACCUUCCUGUCUUGACUUCGCCGCAGGCAUUUAUUCCAGUCCUGUUUUGAGGGAGGAACAUGCCGUCUGAGUAGGAGGAUCAAUACAUACUGCAUGUUUGCUGUUUUGUUUUCUCUAUACGGAGAGCUGGAUCCAAACCGCAUCGUAAAAGUAUUGCUGAAAAUAAGAGUUUUCGGUCGAUUUAAAUUUAAAGUCAAUAUUCCCGCAUUCACAUAUGUCGGCUCAAUCUGAAAUGACCUUACAAAUGUCAUCCAUUUUGUGUACAUUAGGAUGUGCUAUUCUAUUAUCUAAUUCUUCUUACUGCAUUACUGUUAUUCUAGUCCUGGGAGUAACUGAUCAACUGUUCUUGUUGCACCUCUGCAAUAGGAAGGACCCCAUUAACCUAAUGCCCAUGAUAUUGACAGAAGAUGAUAUGAACAUCCACGCUCUCUCUCUGAACUGUUUAUUUUUGGACGUCUUUUUCUUAGCUGUACGGGCGUUAACUAAUUUCCUACCCAUUAAUUCAUGUUGUUCAUCUUUUAUUUGUUUGAUAGAUUGUUUGCAUUUGUACUUUUUAAUUCAGGAGCAUUGUAAAAGAAAAUGUAAAUGUGUUUUUUUUUGGGGGGGGGGGUAGUACUGUAUUGCUAGUUUAAUUUACAGUAUUGCAGCUUGUAGUGAGAAAUAGGAUACAUUUCAUUCGUGGAUUUGGAAUGAGCAUUAAGUAUUUGUUUCCCUCUCUUCACAUGGACACACUGCCACAGACUGGAGAUGGAAAGGGAAGAAUGGUUAUUGGGGGUUUUGUCUGCUAUGGAAGCAGCUCAUUUCUACCACCUUUGACAUAUUUUUAUAAUCUCAUCACUAAUCCCUCACAACUAAAGCUGACUAUCUGAGCUGUUCUGAAAUGUAAGCUCUUGAAUGGUGUGUUUGAUGUAGUGUCAUGACAAACCGCAGUAUUAUCUGCUACAUGUCAGCCUUGUCCUGUGGAUUCUUUUGUUUUGUUGCUUCAUGUAAAAGAACUCGGAAUAUCUAUAUUAGGUGGUGCACUACAUUUCAUUCUUUAAAUCCUAAUAUUUUUUAAAUAAAGGAAAGUGUGUCGCAAAAUCCCACUAUACCCUGUACGCUCAUUUGCCUUUCAUGUUUGAAGACUGACGUCAUUGUGUUGCUUUUUUCUUGGCACCGCUAAGUAUAGUUUUCAAAAGUACGGUUUGAUUGGGAAUCAUUUCUAAUAUGUUGGUAUAUUGAACAGACUGAAUCAGUGAGUGAGCUGUCAGAAGUUAGGCUACAUCAAGGGGGAAACCGUGAACAGCAUCUUCACUUAAAAUGUGUGCUCAUUUAAAGAUAAUGAAACCUACUGCAGACAGUGUGAUGAACUAAUCACAAUAGAAACUCAAAUGACAGUCGUCAGGUUUUAAGUUGUAUUAGUGGUAUGUACGGGAUGCACUUGGUAUACAUUGUCCAGUGAAAUGCUUACUUGCAGGUUCCUUCUCAACAAUGCAACAAUAAGAAAUAAUAAAAGAUAUGAAUAUGAACAUAAAAUAAAUUACAGCAGAAUAGAAUAAACAUUUUAGCAUAAGUAUAAUACAGGAAGGCACAAUUUAUAGUCCAAUAUUUACAUGUGUAUUGGUGAAGGGGGGAAAGUGUAUAAAUUGAGCAGUAUAAUAAGUCUGAGCCAUAUAUAGAUAUCUCUAUAUACUGUAUCUCACUAUAUCUAUGGCUCUGAUUUUCUUCGAGUUGGUUUCUACAGAUGUGUCCUAUAAAAUUGGCAAUUUUAUCUAGUAUUUUUACUGUUUGAUGUGAGCACAAGAGUAUUUUUCUACUGAGCUUUACCCCCUGAGUUAGGCGUAGAUUCAAUCCAUAGCACUGAAGAUCCACACUACAGCGCGGUUCAAAUCUAAAGGCAAUGCUCCCACGUCACAGUAAGCGCAGCAUAUGUCGGCUCAAUAGGAAAUGACCUUACCAUUUUAAUCUCGGGAGAGCACGGAUCAUUAUCGCUACAGAUUGAAUCUAGGCCUUAGCCUAUCUGUUCUCCUUCUCUCCUUCCUGUUUGGUAAUGAGUAGAGUUUACUGUGCCAUUCCAUUCUGGCUUUCUUUAAUCUCACUGAUCCUUCUAUGCAAAAAAAUACCUAUUUUAGCCUUUGUACAGACCAUUUUGUAUUAGUAAUAUGUACUGAAAUAAAGUGAUUAGUGGUGA